GGUUGAGUGCCGCCAGUGGAACCGGGAGAUGCGGCGCAGUAUCUGUCGUUGUAUUUGCCUUUACCUUAGUCUAGUCUCUUAUUGUGAUUCCUUCUGCGGCCUCGAUCAUGUUGUUACCUUCGGACGUAGCCCGGCUGGUUUUGGGUUACUUACAACAAGAAAACCUCACUUCUACCUGCCAGACUUUUAUUUUGGAAAGUUCAAAUUUAAAAGAAUAUGCAGAACACUGUACAGAUGAAGGUUUUAUCCCAGCCUGCUUACUGUCCUUAUUUGGAAAAAACUUGACAACAAUUUUGAAUGAAUACGUAGCUAUGAAAGCAAAAGAAACAUCAAAUGAUGUCCCAGCCAUAAUGUCAUCCCUGUGGAAGAAGUUAGACCAUACGCUUUCUCAGAUCAGGAGUAUGCAAAGUUCCCCAGGGUUUGCUGCCAGUCAGAGAGCCAGAACAAGAAAUGGAAUUGCAGAAAUCAAACGGCAGAGGAGGCUUGCAUCUCAUGCAGCUCCUGUCAGUUCAGAGUUGCUGACUUUACCAUAUGUAUCAGGACAAUUUACUACUUCUCCUUUGACAGCUACACAAGUUGUUCGGCCAACUGGCCAAAUUUCAACUCCAUUGAGGUCAAAUUUUGUAGUGGUUAACCAUUCACAGUCACAAGACACUGUAACCACUGGAGAAGCUUUAAAUAUUAUUCCUGGUCCUCAGGAACGGAGAACUCAUGCCAAUUUAAUGUCUCCUGGUAGACGCAAAAGUGAAUCUCAAAAGAAAAGUAUCACUUUGUCUGGUCCUCAUUCAACAAUACGGAAUUUUCAGGAUCCAAAUGCAUUUGCAGUAGAAAAACAAAUGGUUAUUGAAAAUGCACGAGAAAAAAUAUUAAGCAACAAAUCUCUUCAAGAAAAGCUUGCAGAAAACAUUAAUAAGUUUUUGACUAGUGACAACAAUGUUGUUCAAGUACCUAAGCAAACAGAUAGCAACCCUUCUGAGCCAGAGGCUUCAAUUGAUGAACUCCUGGGACUUCAGAGUGAAAUCCACAUGUCUGAAGAAGCUAUACAAGAUAUAUUGGAACAGACAGAAUCAGACCCAGCAUUUCAGGCACUGUUUGAUCUCUUUGACUACGCAGGUAAAACAAAGAAUAAUAAAAAUAUACCACAUGGCAUUUCCGGUCAGCACAUGGAAACCAAUCCCGGUAUAGUUUUAGCAGAUGAAACUAAUCUGGCAGUUAAAAGUCCCUUUGAAACAGAAGCAUCUGAUGAUCAAUCUGGUCAACCCCCGUUUUGUACAGCCUAUCAAAAUGAGGAAGCAUCAGAUACUUUGAAGAAUGGCAACAACCAUGAUGCGCUCAGACAGGAAGCCCAGGAACAUUUUUCCCAAAUAUGCUCUAACAUCCCAAAAAAAGCCUUUAAAACAAUUGUACCAGUUGAACAGAAGUGUAACCUUGACAUUGCCUUUGAGUCUGUGCCUAAUUUGAAUGACUUUAACCAAAGAGGAAAUUCUGAUGUUGUAUGUAAUCAGCAUUGUGCUGAGUUAUACACCAGUCAGAUGUCCACCGACACUGAAAUGACUGUGGAAGUUGAAAAGAAUUCUUUGUCUCCAAGUGUGCCAAGUGAAUCUCAGUUACAACCUGAUCAAUCUGACAUACCAAUAACUUCAUUUAUUUCACUCAGUGGUGAAAUUAACAAUGAAAACUUAAUUCUCUCUGGAAAAAGUUCACAACUUUUAUCCCCAAAUACUUCAUUAACUGGAAAGCCAUCUAAAAAAAGUCAAUUUUGUGAAAGUUCUAAUGAUACAGUAAGACUUAAGACUAAUUUUCAAGGUUCCAAGUCACCAGAUUCUAGUGAAAUUCACCAGAAUAAAAUUGAAAUUAAUAAUGUAUUACCAGUUGUAUCACAACUUUCAGAUUGCCACGAUAAUUCUUCGCUUCAAAGUAAAUUAGUGCCUGUUUCUGUUGAAAAUUCAGGUUUAAAUGUAUCUGAACAACAAGUAGACAUUUGUCUUAGAGAUUCAGUAACUUCAGUUAAACAGCCACUUAAUGAUUCAACGUGUGUUGAGUUAAAGCAUACAGAAAAUGAAACUCAGCCAUCAAAGCCUGAGAAAGUUGCUUUGGAUUCACAGGAGCCUUCAUCUUCUAUAAAAGAAGAUGGAGAUACUAUUUUUCUCUCUCUGGGUGAAAAUAGUAACUGCGUGGAAGUGGCUUUGAUGCCUCCAGAGGGUAAUCCUAUAGAAGAUAGUCACCCUCUUCCUUCAGAAUCUGUGUGUUCUUCGAUGGGAGAUUCUAACCCUGAGUUUCAAAAUACUGGUGAUAAACCUAGGGACAACUCAACAGAGAUAGACCCAUCGAAUAUCGUCUCUCUCAAAAUUAUCAUCAGUGAUGAUUCGUUUGUUUCCUCAGAUACUGAACUUAACAGUGCCGUUUCUAGUAUCAGUGGAGAAAACUUGCCAACUAUAAUUUUGUCUUCUGCUAAAUCAUCUACCAAAAAUGCAGAAUUAGUUAAAUGCUUAUCUCCUGAAGAAACUGCAGGUGCUAUCGUAUCUGCUGAAGGAGUAGGAAAUUCAGCCUCAUUGGAACAAGGUCUCAUAGCACUUAAGCCUGAAGACUCCACAGUUAACAACACUCAGAGUGAGGAGGGCAUUAUUACGUCAGCAAAUGUUACACCAUGCGUUUCCAAGGAUGGAGGAUACAUACAGUUGAUGCCAGCUACAAGCACAACUUUUGGCAAUUCAAAUAAUAUUCUAAUAGCUACCUGUGUAACUGAUCCGACAGCCUUGGGAACAACUGUAAGUCAGUCUAAUGUUGUGGUGUUGCCAGGAAAUUCUACACCUAUUACUGCUCAACCUCCAGCACCUCAGUUACAGACACCUCCAAGGUCGAACAGUGUAUUUGCUGUCAACCAGGCUGUGUCACCAAACUUUUCACAAGGAUCUGCUAUCAUAAUUGCUUCUCCAGUCCAGCCGGUACUUCAAGGAAUGGUGGGAAUGAUCCCUGUAUCUGUAGUUGGACAGAGUGGAAAUACCUUUUCUGCUCCUCCUCGGCAGGUCCUUCAUAUGCCUUUGGCAGCACCUGUAUGCAAUAGAAGUAUCCCUCAAUUCCCUGUCCCUGCAAAAUCCCAGAAAGCUCAGGGACUAAGAAGCAAGCCUUGUACAGGAAAACAGGUAAAUAAUUUGGUGGAUUCUUCAAAUCAGUCAGUUGGAUUUCAUACACAAAGAACUGAAAUUUCUGACAAGAAUACAGGCACAGAUCUUGGAAGAAAAUUGGACGAAAUCACAGUUUCCUUCUCAGGAGAGAGUAUGGUUCCAACGAGCAAACCGUUUGAAAGCCACAGGCGGGUGCUGUGUUUUGAUAACACUGCUUCUCCUGUGUCAAAUACACAAGGACCAAACCAUAAGGUGGUGUCCCAAAACAAAGAAAAGAAUGAAAUUUCUUUUCCUAAUCUGGACUCUCCCAGUGUGUCCUCCCCCUUAAAAUCUCCUAAUAAUGCUGUCAAAAAAGAAAGAGAAAAACCUCCUGUGCCUAAGAUUUUAUCUAAAUCAGAAACCACCAUUAGCCAGCAUACCACCAUAAGAGAAACUCAGCCAGAAAAGAAAGUUUUACCAACAGAAAUUGUAAUUGAAUCUUUCCAUAAAGCAACAGCUAAUAAGGAGAAUGAACUGUGCAGGGAUAUGGAAAAGCAGAAAAAUCCAGAAACUACGAAACUGUCUAAUGGGCAGCAAAAUGGGAAUUUACGGAAUGAGAAAACUGUAGCUUCAUUGCAAGAACUGACCAAAAAGCAAAGCACAUCCUCAAACAGUAAAAAUGUCGUUUCCGUAGGAGCAGCUGGGAAGGAUAUAAAACAAGAACAAACUAAAUCUUCCAGUUGUUUGAUUAACCCACUAACCAAACAUACCACAGAAAUGUUACAAGAUGUUCAGUGGCAUAGCCCAGUUAAUAGGCUUGCUGAUAGUGGUGAGUUACCUGUACCCCGGACACCUGGCUCAGGGGCAGGGGAAAAACAUAAAGAAGAACCUACAGAUGGUAUCAAGGUCCCUUCUAGUAGGCGUUUUGGUGAAGACAGUAGCACACCCAAAGUCAUGGUCCCUCCUGUCACCCCAGACUUGCCUGCUUGCAGCCCUGCCAGUGAAACAGGGAGUGAAAACAGUGUGAGCAUGGCUGCCCAUACGUUAAUGAUUCUCUCUAGAGCAGCUAUCUCUAGGACUACUUCAUCAACUCCUCUAAAAGAUAAUACACAGCAAUUUAGAUCUUCGAGGAGCACCACAAAAAAGCGGAAAAUUGAGGAGUUAGAUGAGCGUGAGCGGAACUCCCGUACUUCUAAUAAAAAUCUUGGAAAUUCAUCAAUACCAAUGAAAAAGAAGAAAAUUAAGAAAAAGAAGCUACCCAGUUCAUUUCCAGCUGGAAUGGAUGUGGACAAAUUUUUGUUAUCAUUGCAUUAUGAUGAAUAAACAUUCUGAACAUAUAUGAACAGUAGCUGUUUAAAAGUGGUAUCCCUUAAACUAUGAGUGUGGGGAAUGGGAUAUUGACAGAAUCUGAAAGCAUGACCUGCACUUUCAUUGUACUGAAAUUUCACUUUAAAUCAUGCUGUUUCUGAAGCAGCUACCUAGUUUGUAAAUAGACUUACCUGUAAUAUUUCUAUUUUGGAAAAAAACAUUUGCAGAAAUGUAAGUAAAGCCAAUCUGCAAAACUGUAGCUUUGAAAUUGCAUAUUGUAAAUAUUGUGUACAUCUUGUUGAAAUAGAGGUUAAGUCAACCUAAUGUUCUUACACUGUGUUUUUUGACUUCUUAAAUGAUCCCCAAUUCUGAGGCUUUACUCAUCUGGAAUAGUUUCUCACUUCUCUUUUGGGGAAAACAAUGCUUUUCUUUAUAAGUUGCCUUCAGUAAUUGUCCAGCAAGACAUUUAAAAACAUAGCCACUAAAUAGAACUGGUAACCACCUCAACUAGUAGUAAAGUAUCUAAUCAGAAAUCAGCAGUUUGAUGGUUUUGUUUUAGAGUGAGUACUUUACCAUCCCCUAUAAUCGCAGUAAAGAUUGUAUUCUUGAAAAUUGCUCUUUAACUAUUUCUUCUGAUCAUUCUGGUCUCUUUGUUUUAAAGAGAGAGUUUUGUAAACCAUUUAUUGAGUGUUUUGAGCUUUUUUUUAUAAUUUCUAUGAUCGUUUGCAGAACUUUUAACUGGUUGGACUAUUGAGCCAUAAAAAGUGUGGUUGUGUAGUGGUGAGGUUUCUUAGUAUGUAUAUACUUUUCUCCUAAAUACUGGGGAUUUAAAGAAUUGCACUAAUUCAUAGAACUCUUUACAUACAUAAUAGUGACCAAUGCACAUUUAAUUUAAAUCUUGUAUUCUGUGUUAAAGUUUGUGUGAAGGAUUAUCUCCUGAUACCCUUUUAGAAAGCCACGACCAUCAUAAGAUGUAAAAAAAAGAAAUCAUAGUUUUAUAUUUUAAUUUAGUUUGUCCUAAAAUUGGCUGUGUUAAAUAAUUGUAUCUGUACUUAGAUAUAGUGUAUUGUCUGUCUGCCCCAUAAAAGUGUUACAAAGAGUUACUCUAAAACGAUCCUUGAGGGGAAUGAAAGAGGUGCCUUCUCUAUCUUAGACUCACACACAUCAGUCAAGUUGAAGAAUCGGUUUAAGCCCUUAAAUGAGAGCAAAAAUUAUAAUUAGUACGCAACCAAUUGUGCCUGAAUAUUAAAGUAUGUUCUCUUAAGUGCUUUCUGUUUGAUUAAAUGUCAGUAUAAUAGUUGUGGGGUUUUCUUCCCCCUACAGGUGUAUAUAUUGUUAAAGAGUCGUCUUCCUGAACCUUUUUUUUUUUUGUACUUGGCCUUUAAAAAAAUAAAUUCACCCUACUGUCUCACAACUCAAUGUGGAAAUCAGGUCUUCUUACUUGCUGAACCUUACUGCAGAAAUUUGUGUUGUAAGAAACUUUGAUGAUGUUGCAGUGGUCUAUUCCUAAGGAACUAAAUCUCAGACAGUUAAUGUUUAUUUAACUCAACCUGAUACUGUGCUACAGUUAGAUUUGAAUAAAUAUUUUCAUUAUUUUAAAAGUUUGAAUUACUUUAUAUUGGCAAUCAUUCUUUUUUAGAAAUAUUAAAUACCUUUGUAAGUCAAUUCUUGUUUACUCUCUAGAGUUCUUACAGCUGAAAAGGACAGAUUUUCUGCUCAAUCAGUAUUUGUAGAAUGCCUGCUUUAUAUGUGCUAAGUACCUAGAAUUCAUACACAAAGUAAGAUCACUUUCUUCGAGAUUUAUUCCACAAGGCAGCACUUGCUAAGAGGUGGUCCAAAAACACGUUGUACUUGGAGUCUUCAUUUAUGUUGAGAAUAUAAGCAUAGUCCCCUUUUUACCUUAAAAGUCCUGAUGUCCUGGACUUAAUUGUUCUGUUGGACCUGGUAACCUAUCUUAACAGUCAAAUGCCCAGUGAUUGCAUUUCAAGGUUCAGGUAUAUCACAAAUAAGAAUGUGUGACUAUUUUUACAACUACAGGCAAAGAUCCAGUCUAUAGUUCACACAUUACUUAGUGGUUAAGGUAUACAGUAUAAAUCAAAUGUUAAAAAAAAAAAAAAUUUUUUUGUAAUUUUAUUGUGCUUUAGGUGCAAGUUUACAGUGCAUUUAGUUUCUCAUUCAAAAGUUUAUACACACAGUCUCAA